GACCACUAUAGGAGCGCACUGCACGACGCGCGUCAGCGCCGACGCGUCGGCCAAUAACCUCGUUCUGCAUACCGUUAUUUAGAAGCUCUUCUUCUUCUGUUCUGCGCUCGGUUUUGAGUGUGAUCCCUUGCUCAAGUAUAACCAUGGCUGCGUUGUCGGGAGGAGAGAUGUGCAUCAAAUACCUGAUGUUUGCCUUCAACCUGAUAUUCUGGCUUGCAGGCACUGCAGUAUUGGCUGUAGGCCUGUGGCUCAGAUUGGAUGGAAAGACCAAAGGCCUGUUUGAAGGAACAGAUGCUCCUUAUGUGUUUUGCUCAGGUGUAUAUAUCCUGAUAGGAGUCGGAGCGCUGAUGAUGGUGCUGGGCUUUCUGGGAUGUUGUGGGGCCAUCCAGGAAUCCCCCUGUAUGCUGGGACUGUUCUUCUGCUUCCUGCUAAUCAUUUUUGCCAUCGAGGUUGCUGCAGGAGUCUGGGGAUUUUCCAACCAGAGCAAGGUCGUGCAAGACAUCACAAAUUUCUACACGCAGACGUACAACAACUACAAAGAGACGCGAGAUGAGAACCUCAAACAGACACUGCUGGUGAUUCACAAGGAGCUGAACUGUUGUGGUCCAAAGGGUAUUGCCGAAGAAACCGAAAAAGACACUUGUUCCAGAGGAGAGCCACUUCAGGAUUUUAUUACUGAGAGCUGUCCUGAUGCAAUUGACAAGGUGUUUGACUCCAAGCUACACAUCAUAGCAGGAGUAGGCGUCACUGUUGGAAUUGUUCUGGUGUUUGGGAUGAUCUUCAGCAUGCUCCUGUGCUGCGCCAUCAGGAAGUCUCGGGAGGUGGUGUGACACCCGCCAUCACACGCCCCGAAAGCCCUUGUUAAUGUUGCAUGAUGUCAUUCCUGGAGUCACGUGACUCUCCACUGCCAAUAGAAACACUGCUUGUUCAAGGGGGAUAACCUAAGCUAGGCUGGGUGCAGGUACUUCUGGUUCCAUCCGUUCUAACUGUGCUGCUCAGUAAAAACUUAGGGGCCACCUUCCUGGACUAGAUAGAUGCGAUGUGAGUAUUAGACCCAACUAUAGAAUGAGUGUCAUCUGUGCUUCAGUGGCAAUGUAGUACGGAAAUGUGUCAUUUUGUGGUAAUUUCACUGGAAUCAGUGUUUGUGAACAGCUAAUUAUCUAAACAAAAGAUCAUACUAUUGUAUAGUGGUGACAUUUUUAUCGCUAUCACUUGAAGGGUAUCUACUGGCAACAACAGUAAUGGUCCAGGUCCACAAACAAACGGCAAACACUAUCACAUCAGCACAGUACAGCAGGAGCCCAUGCUUACAGUUCCUUUUACUUACGAGCAAAAUCAUGGUACCCAAUUGCAGAGCUUUGAAAUGCAGUGACUGUGGUUUUACCAGCAUCCUGGUCCCUCCAUUGCAAUGACAUUUCAUAUGCUCCUUUCUUUCCCCAUUUCCCAAUUUGUUUUGAAAAUGCCUUUAAAUUUUUUUUUUUUGGUCACAUUUUGUAUAUGUGUUUUUUAUUUGUAAGAUUUUUAGUGUGUAUAUAUGGUUCAGGCAGUUUGUUGGUGUAUUUUAUAAUGCCCUCUUGAUUUUCCAGAGAUUAGGUUGAUUUAUAACAUAUGCACCGUGUUUCACAGAAUCAAAAAUUAACUAUGAGAACCAAAUAAACUGAAAACCGAC